AUGGACGUAUCCACCUUCUUCAGCCGGCUCGUCCAGCCAGCGAAAUCCCAAGGGGCCGUGUGCCAGCCGGAUGACCUGGGGGACUUCGACGCGGCGUGGAAGGCUAUCCAGGAUACUCUGGAUCAUCCAGAUGAGCGACAAUUGGUCAGGGGCAUCGCGACGACAGAGGUCCCAAAGCAGCUGCAGCAUAUAGUCGACGCUAUGGUUUGUGAGAAUGGUCGGAUAGAGGAGGACGAAACGGGCCCCUGUUUCGAGUAUCUGAUUCGAAAUGAUCUCCUGUCCACACUUGUCAAAUCAUCCGAACCAGACCGGCCUCAUGGCAUCAAGGGCGAGGUCGUACGGUCUCUCAACAAUCUCGUUGUCCUCCUCUCUGACCGCUUUCUCAACCACCACGCAGUACACGGGCCGUUGCGCCGCCUGUUGCGUUCAUGUGUUGGAGAUAACCCAAUAGAGGGCGAAGUAGAGACUUCAAAGCGGAUCUUUGGGGCGGCAGGAAUGGAGGUGCGAAAGAGAGGGACGGACGCAGAGACUGAGGCGGACGUGGUGGAUCUGAUGUGUAUCCUCUGUUCAAAGAUGCGCGCAUGCCCUCCACUACUCCUCAUCUUCUUCCACGAUAAGGCUCCACCGCCAGCUCGUACCGAAGCUGCCCUAGCCCGCACCCUGUCCCCUACCCCGUCGGCCGUCACCUCGCACACCCAUCCCCCUUCCCGGCGUGCCCAUUCCGUCCGCUCCGGGGAACAGCGCUUCGAGUUCCUGCUUUUCUCCUACCUUUUGCGGUUCGUCCAUCGGGAAGGUCGGACGGGCGAUUUUGCUCGAGCCGGCCUGCUAUUUCUAUUCGAUAUAGCUUUCCUCCCUCUCUCUGACCCGACUUCGGCAAAAGGGAGCCAAGACGCGCUUCAGGAUGCUCAAGAUGCCCUGGGAGAGUAUAUCCUAGAUGGAGAUUUCGCGGAGGUGAUGGCGGCUGCCAUCGGUGCGGUGUACUCGCUCUUACCCUCGAAAGUGAGGAUACCGGGAUUGGGGGAACAGGCGGAUGAGGAGCAAGCAGGCGGACCUGGGGGAGGCGGGAUGUACCUCGGCGGCCGAAUAAGUAGGGAAGGAGGAGCAGAGCUGCCGAGCACCGGGGACGAGGACGUUCGGACGCAGCUUGACCUCGUCAUCAAGCUCUUUGCUUUCCUGCAGGACAUCAUCACCCGCUGUUCCUCCUCGUACCUCGCCGCUUCUGCCGAGGCUUCUCCGUCCAACGCACAGAUCGUCGGCGCGGCGGUAUCGGACUCCACACUCGACGCGAUCCAGAUCUCCUUUCUCGACAACAUCCUCUAUCCUUCCAUCCUCGAAUCGUCUUCGGCGGACGGUACGUCGGUAGCGGUGUUGACCUACCUACACGUCAUCCUGUCAAAUAUCGACGAUGGCCCGCUCCUCACGCGUCUACUCCAUUUCCUGCUGGAUACGGAGUCGGAUGAGGCGCCCCGCUUGGCACCGCACCAUCAGCCGAAACGGGGAGGAAGAUAUCCUGCUUCGGUCGACAACGGCGAGGGAAUUGGGCAAGGCGACUACUUCAUCGAUGCGGGCAAAUUCACGCUGAAGGAUCUCAUCCUGGACAAUCUGUCCUCGGGGUACGCAGCGUCAAGGACGGCGGCACUCCAACUACUCCAGACGAUGCUGCAGGAGCACUGCGCUUCGUCUGUGGAUGGUCUGCUCUCCGUCACUCGCCUUCUGCCGGGCGAGCAGCUCCCCCCGCUGCCAUAUCCACCAGAAAUUGGUCUCUACUCCACCGUCUUAUCCGUCCUCAACCCAUCUGCACCGCCAUUCGACCGCUCUCCUAGCUUUUCGGCCUACCUCGUCGACAUCCAGUCCGCCCUCCAAUCGGACCGGUGUUGCCGUUUAGAUCAGCUCCAAUCGAUAUUCACCUCGGACGAGGACCAAAAGGCGGAGAUUGCAAAGGCGAAGCGAAAAGCUGUGCCGCCGCAUAGGCUGAGCCCGAACGAUCCUGUCAUGCGGGAGAUCACUAGGGGUUUGAAGGAAUGGAUGACGAGGACGCCAGACGAGAAUGUGGCGCUGGCGGCGGUCGUCAUCAUUGUGGCGGGUUGUGCGAGACGGAGCCUGGAGGGGUGGAUGACGAUGGGUGGAGAGGAGCAGGGGGAGGUCGACGCGUGGGCCGAGAGAGUGGAAGGAGGGUAUGAUUCGGAUAACGAUGACUUCCCUCUACCCUCUUCAGAUACCUCUCAUCCACCGCGGGAACGCCAACCGGUCGUGUUUCAGCUCCUAUCUGGCCUGACCAACCAGGUCGCACGCCUCCGAGAAACGACUCCAGGCUUCGACCGCUUCUUGUCUGAUAGGCGAGCCGGACUACUCUUCGCGGACCAUAUCAACGAGGCCAUCAACCUCGCCCUGGACCCGACCAUCGGCGAUACGUUCGGUUCCGUGCCGGCGCUAGCAGGUACACCGGGCCUCGCCCCACCCGUCACGCCGGCCAAGGAGGGACGGACGAGCCUCGCGGGGAGUAUCAAGGGUUUCUUCUCGCCGAGGCGCAACUCGUCGUACACCUCGGCCGGCGGAGUGGAAAGUCCCUCUACGCUCCCGGUGACGCCGUCGACCGCGGAGGAGAAUAGGGAUGCAGACGAGGCGGCGGCGGUGACGAUCGCGAGUGGCGCAAAUGUGGUCUCGCUUGAACCGAUGGCGGAUCUGGCGGGACCAUGGGCGUCCUCGGCAGCUCAGGCGAGACCGGUGACCUUCAGGUCCGUCUCGGAAUGGAGCAGGGAGGACGAUACUGCUACACCGCCCAUCUCGACACCGGCCGGAAGGAGGACAGGCAGGGAAUCCGCGGGAAGAGGAUCAAAGGAAGAAGCGGGUCCGGCAGAAGCUAGCCUAGACCAGAUUCUGGACAACAUCGUUAUCUUGGAGGAAUUCUUGAAGGAGGUCAUUGCGGUCAUUAUUGCAAGGCGGGCUUUGCGGGUUGAUCCGGUUCGAUGUGCGGCGAAAUAG